AUGUCAAAUUGCUCAACGAUCAAAGAAAAGAGAGAGGAAAUACGCAGAGAACAAAAGAGAAAAUGGAAACAAAAACAAAAAUUAUUGAGACCAGCAAAGGAGUUGUCUCAAUCUAUAGCUGCUGUAAAGAAGAGGCAGCAGAGAGAGAGGCUUGCUCGGAAAAAAGAGGAAGAACGUGAAAAAAGACAACAAGCUACAGAAAGAAAGCGGAAAAGUAGGGCAGUCCUUAAGAGUAAACAGAUUCAAGAGAAAUUAAAGAAGGAAGAAAAACGCAAGAAAAACACAGAGAAACAAAGACGAUGGCGAGAAAAGAAAAAAAUACUCAAGCAACACAAUCUUCCGCUCACACAAGAGGAACAACAAAUAUUUCAAAAUAAAAUGAGCAAAUCCCGUGCAAUAAGAAAGUUAAAGGAAGCUCUUCCUAGGACACCUCUAAAACGUAUUGCAACUGUAAAGGCGUACUUGUCCUCAAAGAAAUCACCCACGGUUAAGGAACUACAGCGUAGAAAGGUUGUACCAUCACCGGAAGAACGCAAAGAAUUGGAAAUGAAUGAAUCGGUUAUACAGGAUGUGAAAUCUUUCUUGAAUUCGGUGAAAUUUAAGAGGAGUGAUAAGUCGCGGGAAGUCGUCGACAUUCUAGCUGCAUCUGUAUCAGAACCAUUAGUUCAAAAAUCUAGGGCCAAAGUUGACCUUGCGAGAAAACUCGGAAUGCCAGUUAGAAGGAUCUCAAAGGGUGUUCGAAUCCGACAACGAGUUUUGCAUUCAGAACAAUCAUCCUUUGAGUUUACAAAAAGGAAAACAAGGUCAGAUAAACUAACUGAAGAAGUUCAAAAAACAGUAUAUGAUUUUUGGUGUCUACCUGAAAAUUCGCGGCACACUGGAAAUAAAACUGAUGUCAAGCGUGUCCGAAUAGGUCCAAAAACUUACUGUAGCCAUGCUAUUCAAAUUCUAGAAAAAACACAGAGUGAACUGUUCAUGUCUUUUAACCAACAUUAUCCUGAAAUUCAGAUUUCACAGAGAACAUUUGAAAAAUGUAAGCCAUAUUUUGUCCGAUCUGCAAGGAAAAAGGAUAGAACAACAUGCUGCUGCAGGUAUCAUCUAGAGAGCAAGUUUUUGUUCAACGCUUUCAAGGCACGUAGAAAUCAGUUGGCAAACGAUGGGUUGCUGGACGAAAACACAUUCAAGGUUUACAAAACAAUUUCGGAAUUAUGUGAAGAUACGAUGUGCCAUACGGAGGAUGGAAAUUUACAUUUGAAAGACUGUUUAGAAAGAAGCUGUGAAAAAUGCGGUGUUCAUUUGCUGAAAUUUUGUGACGCUGAAUUAGAUAUGUCUGACGAUUCGCCAGAUGUAAACUGGAAAAAAUUCGAGUAUGUUGACAUCAAAACAAAAAAUGGCACCAAGAAGAAACUGACAUUGGUAGACAAAAUAACAAAGUCCGGUGAGAUGAUAAAGUAUUUUAAGAAGGUGUUGGGGUUUUUCCCAGGUCAUCAUUUAAAUUCAGGGCCAAAUGGCAAACGGAUCAGCUGA